UGUCUCUCUCUCUCAGGCCCCCAUCGGGACUCUGUUGCCCCCCACCCCGCCCUGCUCCCACCACAUGAUCCGCUCGGACGCGGAGCACAGAGCCAGAUAAACCCGCAGAGCCCCGUGGACACGAUGAAGGUGGCCGGCAACAGACGGAGCUCGGCGGACGGAGACGGGAGGAAGGAGCUGGCUCUCCCCUUCACUAACCCUUUCGUGCACGACCUGAGGUUCACCCCGUGGCAGAAGCUCCAGAUUGGGGUGAUGACGCUCACACUCUUCCCCAUUCGGCUUUUCGUCGCUGCAUUCAUGAUGUUGUUGGCGUGGCCCUUUGCCUUCAUCGCUACCAUGGGGCGUUCCGAAGCUGCCGUGGAGCCACAGUGCUUAUGGAGGAGGGUGGUGGACAUUAUUCUGCGAACCAUCAUGCGGGUCAUGUGGUUUGCAGGCGGCUUCCACUGGAUCAGUGUGAAGGGCAGACAGGCUCUGCCUGCUGAGGCACCCAUCCUCACCCUUGGCCCCCACUCAUCCUACUUCGACGCCAUGCCAGUCACCAUGACCAUGGCCACCAUUGUCAUGAAGGCCGAGAGCAAGGACAUUCCACUGUGGGGAACCUUGAUUAAAUACAUCCGGCCCGUGUUUGUGUCAAGGUCGGACCAAGAUUCCAGGAGGAAGACGGUGGAGGAAAUCAAAAGGAGGGCUCAGUCUGGAGGAGAGUGGCCUCAGAUAAUGAUAUUUCCAGAGGGAACGUGUACCAACAGAUCCUGUCUGAUCACAUUCAAACCAGGUGCAUUCAUUCCAGCAGUGCCCAUACAGCCUGUUGUUAUUCGCUACCCUAAUAAGCUGGACACCAUCACCUGGACAUGGCAAGGCCCUGGAGCGUUUAAGAUCCUGUGGCUAACUCUCUGCCAGCUUCACAACAAGUUUGAAAUCGAGUUCCUCCCAAUCUACACACCCAGCGAAGACGAAAAGAGGAACCCCCAUCUCUUCGCUCACAAUGUGCGCCGCCUCAUGGCCAAGGCUUUGGAUGUCCCUGUGACAGAUUACUCAUUUGAGGACUGUCAGUUGGCCAUGGCAGAAGGCCAGCUCAGGCUGCCCGUGGAUACAUGUCUACUGGAGUUUGCCAGACUUGUCCGGAGAUUAGGGCAAAAGCGGGAGAACUCUGAGAAGCUCCUGAAAGAGUACGGUAAAAGGGCGCGUAAGCUGCAGGGUCAGAGGCAGAGCCUGGAGGACUUUGCUCAGUUUCUGGACCUGCCGCUCUCUGAUGUGCUCAGAGACAUGUUUGCUCUCUUUGAUGAGCAGAAGGACGGCACAAUGGACAUCCGGGAGUUUGUAAUUGCUUUCUCUGUCGUGUGCAGGCCUGCCAAAACACUGGAAACUAUCAAGUUAGCAUUCACGAUGUUUGGGGAUGAGGAUGAUGGGGCGAUCACAGAGGAAGAAUUGGCCUGUAUCCUGCGGACAGCCCUCGGAGUUGCAGAGCUCACAGUGUCCCGCCUCUUCAGCGCGAUCGAUGUGGAUGACAGCGGGAAACUUACAUUUGAGAUGUUCCAAAGCUUUGUGGAGCAGCGGCCAGACUUUGCUGAGGAGUUUCUGUAUGCAGAUAAUGCAGGCUUCUGGGGCAGUCCACCCUCCUCCAGCUCAAGCCCUGUGUCCAAUGGUUUCUGUGCUGAUUUCACCCCCAGCGAUCACCACACCGGUCAGAAGAAACUCAACUGAACAUCUCUACCCCCCAGGCCUCGGCUUGCUAACUGUCCAACCCUGGAGAAGAGAGAGAGGAAGAGCAGGGAAGGGUGGUGGAGGCCAUUGGACUGCCAGUGUCCGAAAAUGC